UAGAGCGUGGUGGGUGGAGGAGAGAAUAUUUUGUUUAUUUUCGUGAGCAGCUAGCAUGUGUAACUGUUGCCAUUAGCUAACGUUGUUUUUUUUUUAAUUAAUGAGGUAUUAAAAGUUUAAUUGAUGAAUAAGAUCAACUUUAACUAAUGCGGUACUGUAACAAUUAGUGGAGAAGUGGGUUUCGGGCCGUAAAAAGAAAGGUUAGCAAUUGAGCUAACGAGAACUUGAUGGACGUCUGUUAGCGUAUGUACUAGCAAGCGAGCCACAAUAACCGAAACGCAAGAGCAUUGAGCAGCAAUUAUAAAUAUAAACCUAUUAACUUAUCACCUUCUGUUACCGAAACUAACACUUAUUCACAACAAAAUCACGGUUGCUGAACGUGGGCUGCAUUGGAUUAACACUAAUUUCACCUUUACAUCUCUACUACUGAAAGCACAGGGGUUACAACUGGAAAGCUUACACAAGGUGAAAACCUGAGGAGCAAGAUGUCAAUCACAAACACUCCCACAAGCAAUGAUGCCUGUCUAAGCAUUGUGCAUAGCCUCAUGUGCCACCGACAGGGGGGAGAGAGUGAAAGUUUUGCAAAACGAGCCAUUGAGAGUCUUGUCAAGAAGUUAAAGGAGAAAAAAGACGAGCUGGAUUCUCUUAUCACCGCCAUCACCACAAAUGGUGCUCAUCCUAGCAAGUGUGUAACCAUACAGCGAACUUUGGAUGGCCGCUUACAGGUUGCAGGACGUAAAGGUUUUCCUCAUGUGGUCUAUGCCAGGCUGUGGCGAUGGCCAGAUCUACACAAGAACGAGUUAAAACAUGUGAAAUAUUGCCAGUAUGCCUUUGACCUGAAAUGUGACAAUGUUUGUGUCAACCCAUACCACUACGAGAGGGUUGUUUCUCCAGGAAUUGACUUGUCAACACUGACCCUUUCAAAUUCAGGUACAAAGCUUUCCUUGUCCUUGCCAAAGAUUUUGUGGAUGUUCAUCUAUCUUAAUCGUGUCUGUCAUUUUCUGCCAGGUCCACUCAUCGUAAAAGACGAGUUUGAUUAUGAUAACCAACAGUCUCACUCCAGCUCUGACAGCCACCUCCAGACGAUCCAGCAUCCACCAUCGAGGCCAGUUCCACAGGAAACAUUCAGCAGCCCCGCUCUACUACCCCCAUCAGAGGGCAGCAGUUCAGCUUCAACUUCUGCUUUUUCUACCAUUAGUGCUGGACCUUCAAAUCCUACCCCAAAUUGGAGCAGAAACAGCAGCUUCCCCCCAGCUGUGCCUCAACACCAGAAUGGGCAUCUACAGCAUCAUCCACCAAUGCCUCACACGGGACAUUACUGGCCAGUUGCCAAUGAAAUUGCAUUCCAGCCCCCCAUAUCCAAUCAUCCUGCUCCAGAAUACUGGUGCUCCAUUGCGUACUUUGAGAUGGAUGUCCAGGUUGGCGAGACAUUUAAGGUGCCAUCCUCAUGCCCAAUAGUGACUGUAGAUGGUUAUGUGGAUCCAUCUGGAGGGGAUCGCUUCUGUUUGGGCCAACUGAGUAAUGUCCACAGGACAGAGAACAUAGAGAGGGCCAGACUCCACAUUGGCAAAGGUGUACAGCUGGAGUGUAAAGGUGAAGGAGACGUGUGGGUACGCUGUUUGAGUGAUCAUGCAGUGUUUGUGCAGAGCUAUUAUCUGGACCGAGAGGCUGGCCGUGCCCCAGGCGAUGCAGUUCACAAAAUCUACCCCAGUGCUUACAUCAAGGUGUUCGACUUGCGCCAGUGCCACAGACAGAUGCAGCAGCAGGCAGCGACAGCUCAGGCAGCAGCUGCAGCGCAGGCAGCGGCGGUCGCUGGGAACAUUCCAGGGCCGGGCUCUGUAGGAGGCAUCGCCCCCGCCAUCAGUUUGUCUGCUGCUGCUGGAAUUGGGGUUGAUGACCUGCGCAGGCUCUGCAUCCUGCGCAUGAGCUUCGUGAAGGGGUGGGGGCCGGACUACCCACGUCAAAGCAUCAAAGAGACGCCCUGCUGGAUUGAGAUCCAUUUGCACCGAGCUCUCCAACUACUGGAUGAAGUCCUGCACACCAUGCCCAUAGCUGAUCCCCAACCUCUUGACUGAGUUAAUGGACACAAACUGUAUGCACACACAAAACACAACACACACAGAAAUAAAAGAGACACCCAUUUGUACUUUUCGCAGACCUCUCCACCUGUUGGCCUGGGAGUGGUGAAGUUGGACUGCAAUCACAUGGAUGCUGUAUAGGUCGUAGGAGUAGAAACGAGGGCCAAAUGCUGGCAGUGUACUCCAAACACACUUUCUUCUCUCAGCUGCAGAGCUGUGAGCGGCUGCUACUAUAAUGAGCUUAACUCCAGGUCUGUAAAUUCUGUGAUGUCCAAACAACAGCUGGAGGAGUGUGUGAGUCACACUGGGAGGAGUUGCAGUACUCUGUAAACACGCUACCAAGAGGAUGCAUAUGAAAUGGAAAGCCAGUGUUCUGCCAUUGUUCUCUUACUGGAACCACAUAACGUCAGGCUGUGAAGGCUUGUGCUUUUCAAACCACAAGCUUGACACCAGAAAACAGAUUUGAAUAAAAAUGUGUCCACAAUGAGGUUAAAGGAGACAUAAAUGUACUAUUAAGGGAUUUUAGGAUGUCAAAUGAGAUCAUUCAGUUUUUCAAUGUGGACAUUUUCACAUUCACAGUUUUCAAGAUGUAAAGUUUGCCCAUAUCAGAUGGCUUUUAAAAAAGCUUAAUAUUAAUAUUAACUUUUUACUGUUACUUUGCCUGUCUGUACAUCUGAAAUGUGUUUUCUGCUGGAGUAUACUGUCGGUCCAAGUCUUCUUCAUUUGCUCUUUCUUUUUUCUUUUUUUUUUUUUUUGUUUUAGCAGAAAAGACUUCCUGUAAUUGGAGUUAUUUUCUCUCACAAAUCAGGACACUUAUUGGACACGUGUGUGCUUGUCAGAUGAAAUCUUAAAAACAUUUCCUGUGCUGACUCUUUUUUUUAUAUAUAUAUAUAUAUAUAUAUACUGGUUUUUGAGUUGUUUAAACAACACAGAUGAUUCAAAGCCCCUUCAGCCUCUCUUUUAACACCACGAGAAAUUGUUUUAGCAUCAAUCAAAGCUGUUGCUAAAUGUGUAAUAUUUUAUAGUAGAUGUGUAAUAGUCGUUUAAAAAUAUCUUUUACUCUCAAAUGACUAUUAUACAUCUACAUUAAUAUCAUGUCUUUUAUUACUAGGUGUCUGUUAGCACUUUAUUUUGCAUUUUGUUUCAGUCUCAUUUGUGGUUACUUAUUGUAUCCAUAUUAUCUCAGCACAGUAAGAAUUUUUUUUUGCUAAUGAUCUGAUACAUGAAAAUGUGGUUCGUUGUUCUGUUUGCCCAAAAUCUGGUUUUCAGUGUCCCAUCGCUCAGCCGCAGCAGGUGUGAAAGGGGCAUUUAACCGAGUCUUUGAUAAUCUGAACGGUUUGGCUGUUGCAUCACUUUAAAACGGCUCUCAUAUCCAUUUUAAUUUGUGAAUAAUUUGGAUGACACUUAAAAUAAUCUAAUGAACAGCUGAGUAAAUGAAUGAACUGUGAACAAGUGAAAGCCAUAAUGAUGCCAAAUAUACUUCAUGAAAUGUUAAAAGGUUACCAGACUGCAGUCAUUUCAGUAUGACAUUGCUUUGAAAAGCUUAGUUUGAAUUAUCUGGAUGACUUAAUUUAUGCUCAGCAUUACUGAUCAAACAAUAUUUUGGUAUUUAGCUCUGUUUACUUACAGCUGUGGCAGUAUUUUAUACUCUUUUUGCUACCUUUACAGUGAAGAACCAUUCUGGUUAUAAUCAGAUUUAAAAAUUGGGGUAAAAAAAAAUAAAGCUGUACAAUUUUUCAGGAAAUGUCAGUUCAUGCUCAUCCUAAUCUUUAGUUAUGUUAUCUGAAGAAAUAUAGAGUUUGAAUGAUAUUGGUGUUUAUAUGUAUGAAUAAAAGUUAAUGGACUAACAGUGAGUCACUGGCUUAGUGUGCAAAUCAACCCUGUGAGAAAGGACACUGGCUUUUGACCAAGAAAACGUUUAUUACUGCAAAGACAAGUCACAAAUUUUAAGAAAACAACACUAAAGCUAGCCUGAGCUGAGAUCUGAAAUAUUCAGAAAACAAAACUACAUGUGUCUUCAAGAGUUUCUAAAAUCAUCAUUACGACACACUAAAUGAUGUCUUUGUAAAUAUAAAAGUCCCCCGAUCAUCCUUGUUUUUUUUCCUUUUAUGUAAAAUACACAAUACAAAUCACCCUACACACAUUGGUUUGCCUGCCAAUUAAAGAAUAUACAUUGUAUGAAGCAAAUUUAAUGGCACACAAAAAAGAGUCACAUGAAAUCUGUGUAUAUAUUAUAUCAGAUACUAUACAUUAUCCAAAAAGAGGAAAACAAAAUCACAAAAGCACUUAAGCCAACAUAUCAGAAAAUGUUCACCAAAAGAACAAAACAAAUAUUAGGACACAAAUAAAUAUACCAUUUGACUUUUUGCUAUAUACACAUUUUUGUCAAAGGUGAAUUGAAAGGAAAGCCUUCCCCAAAUGUCACUGCCAAAUGCUUGUGCUUGCAUUAGAGCGUGCUACAGAUGGCCACGACUCACUAGACUGUCAAAUGGCACUUACAAAUCUCAAACAGGUCACAGCAUUCAGAAAAUAUCAUUUGACAAAAGAAACCACAAUCAUGAGAAAACAACUUUAAGAGCAUUUCACUUACAGUAACUCUUCUGGUACAUUUACCAGUUCUAUACAUUUAAAAGUCGUUUGCAGGUACUCAUCUGUGUGUUACUAGUUAAGUGUGUGUGACUGUAACACAACUGAUUACUCAGCAGUCUAGUCUGAGGACCGAUUUGAAUGCUUCCUCAGCACUAGCAACUUUUCAGUGGCAGCACAUGUGCAACAGAACAUCUUCUUUAUAGCCUCUAUCUAUAGCCCACCAGAGACCCAAUAGUCACCCCGACCAUCUGCUGUGGUCAGGGCAAAAUUAAAGGCACAGGAGUUUGCUAUGGGUCAGUGAAGCUGCCAUGUCAUCCCGGUGAAGAGGCUGUUCUAGCUUAUCUCUAAGUUUUAUGGUCAAAAAUGGGCUCGUUUGCAAAAAAGAAAAAAGAAAAAACAAAAACAUUACAAGCCCCCCCCUUCAUCUUCAUUCUCAAUUUCAAAGACACAGAAUUUAAGCACAAUUGUGUUGGCAGCAUUACCAUCAGUCAGUUCACCAGGCAAGCGUUGAGAUGCAGAAAGCUUAAUCACUGUCUGGCACUGCCUGGUCAAAAACAAAGAAAGUGUGGAAAGAACUAGAGAAAAAAAAAAAAAAAUCAAGCAGCACAUAAUGUGUGUGAAAGCACUUACAAUCCAAAAAU